UCAUGCGCGCGACAGUCGGAACAACGACGGCACAUCGCUCGGUAUACAUACGUAAACAGCAUCGUAGGUACAAUUGGGCCCGCAGCAUCCAGCGAGUUCGCCAUCUCUGAUUGUAAAUUUUUCCUCUCGAAGAGCGCCCCCGACCGAUAAACAACAAACGUUCGACAAAAUGACCAGCCCGCGGGAGGAGGCUACGACGAUCGACGCAGCCGCGAAACCGCGCGAUGGAUUCCGCCACACCGAGGCGGCACUCGAUCGGCUCUCGAUCAGGCGCCUGAUCGCCAACGAGCCAUUGGACCUGGACGACGUUCUCGACGGCCUCGAGACGGACAGCCGGACGGGCACGAUGAGGGAAAUCGUCGAGCGGCUUCACUCCAGGAGUCUGGACGAUCGCCAGUUCAGCAUUAAAUUGUCGGUGCUCGCGCGGCCCGACAUGAUCACGCCCAAGGACAAGCUCAACGUCACGGGCCUGCAGAUAAAUCUCGCGGGAAUCAUCCUGCGCACUUACGAGGACUGGAAAAAAGUGCAGAAGAAGCCGAGCCGGGAGCAGUACAGGAACGGGCUGUCGCUGUUGGGCGAAUUUUAUCACAGGUACAACGCCACGGACGCGAGUUUCUUGCAAAUGGACGCGGCCCUGAUCGCUUGGCUCGGAGAUCUGCUGAGCGACACCGAGGAGGAGGACGUGGAGCUCGUGGCGAGACAGCUAUCGAUCAACGGCCAGCUCCUGUCGAGAUGCGCCGAGACGAAGUUGAACGAGCUCGUGCGGCGGGUCAAGCAGCAACUGGUGCAGCGCAACCUCAGCGUCAAAUCGAGGACUCUGCUGAUGUACGUCAUCGACCUGGCCAAUCGAGACUUCGCCCCGCUGCUCGGCGAGCAGCGCGACUUUUACGUCGGGCAGCUCGGCGAGGCGACCUUCGCCGAUUUCGAGUUCUGCGGUCGGCACGUGCAGCAGCAGCCGCCAACCACCUUCAGCCGCUCGGUCUUGGUGUCGCUUCAUCCGCAGUCCCAUUUCAAGCCCGUCUGCAGCGAUCGAUCGAAGCCGCCCAGCAGCACCUGCAAGUACGAGCCGAGCAAGCCGAUAGUCGUGCCGAGGCCGAAGCCGAUCAUCCAGAGGACGACGACGACGACGACAGAGGACACCUUCGACAGAUUCGCCAAGUCCACGUACGACGCACUGCCUCGGACGAGUCGUCGCGGCGGGGGCUGUCAAGCCGCAGCAGCGGCUCCACAUUGCCGAAAAAAUCAGCGAUCCGGUCAGUGCAACGAUCAUCACAAGGCAGAGAGAUCGAGACGAAACUGCAAGAACUCCGACAAGGACAGGAAGCCGACCAGGCAUUCUCCACCGGUAGCAGCAGCAGCAGCAGCGCCGCAGCAGCAGCGGCUCGAUCGGUACAGGCCUCUGCCUCCGCCGAACGGCGAUCACAGCAGCAACGACUACCCGAGAGACGAGGCGACCGCCACCAUCACAACCAUCACAACCACCACCACCACCACCACCACCACUACCGCCAAGGACGACGAGAACGUCAGUUUUUCGUGGGCCGACGACUUGCCCGACGAAGAGGACGAAGCGUUCGUGGAGACUCCCGACUGGUAUAAGAAAUCGUCCGGCGAGCCGUCCAGGGGUGGAAAAGAAACCAAGUCUGGUGAUUCUUGUAGGAGGAAUACAAGCAAUAUGACAUGCGACUCAUCCAGUUCACGUCGCAUGAGGUUGCCGGAAACGAGACCCAAAAGAUAUUCCGAACGGAGGAGCAGGCGCGGGUAAGGGAUCAAACUUCAACAUUCCCGACGAAAAUUUUAAACCAUAUAAAAUUUGUUCAAGACGUGCAUCCAACGCAGAGAAUGUUAGACUCGCCGACGAUCGAGUACAAAUUGAGAUAUUUUUGUAAAGAUCGCAAUUUACGAUGAGUAUUAGGAGAUAAUUUUGUAACUCUUUUACAAAAGGAACUCGGUGAUAUUGAGCUUAAAACGACAAUCAGAAUUAAGCUCCCCGCUGAGUCUUGAUAUUUUAUGAAAACGAACGUAUACGUGAAUGAUUUCACGAUGAUGAUAUAGCCUUAGAUUUUAUUGUAAUCUAUUUUAAGUAUUUUGUUAUUUAUGUUGUUUUUAUAGAGAUCUAAGUGUGAUGUAAGAAACAUCGGUGUAUGUAUAUUCUGGUACGCGAAUAUUGACUCCGAAUUGUUAGAUAACCGCUAAUUAACUGUUUACAAUCAAUGAUACUCAAAAACGUUUAGUAUAUUAAUUCUCCCAACAAAAACAAUAAGUCAUUGUUGAAUGAAACUUGUUAACAUCAUUUUUUGACUGCUCUAUUGAUAAUUUUCCUGAAACCAUCUGUGAUAAUUUGUAUUCGAUGAGCAGUUUUUUUAAAAUCCCCGCUCAGUUUUUCAAAAAGAUCAUCAAUUAGAAAUGUCAAGAGAUGUUAUUGAAAAAUUUCAUUUUCGACUUUUGUUUAUCAUUGAUACGCGUGAAUCGUAUUCUUAAUUAGUAGGACAGAGGCUUAAAACAGAGUAACUUUUUUAUUCGAGAGUCUCUUAAAAAUCGUAUUACAACCACUGUGAUGAUCGUAUUAUAAAAUCGUAUUAUAAUUAAGGAACAAAUUUGUGAAAUCACUGUGAUAUACAUUAGUUUUAGAUUGAUAUUUUAUUCGUGACUGUUAAGGUUUUUCUUAUAACAUCACACAAAAUUAUUAACUUAGAAAAAUUAAGUUUUAAGCAAAUUAUUAAUAUUUCAGGUAUUUUACCUGACUUUUAAUCAUCUUUUUUUUAUUCGAUUCAAAAAUUCGUUCGACGAUUGCGUUGCACGCAUUUAUUAGACCAUAGCAAGCAAGCAUAGUAAGCUGUUAAUAAUAAAGAGUCUGUUGAACAUCGUUUCAUUAAAAAAUGAAUAAGUUGUAAA